AUGGUUAGGUGCAGCGUCGCGCUCCUCUUCAAAAAGAGACUCCCGCAGAAGGCAUCUGUCGCCUUUCCGAAAUCAAAGUUCCUCGACAAAAUCCAUCUGACAGUCUCCGGCGGCGCCGGAGGGUCGGGUUUUCCGAAGAUCAUGGGCCUCGGCGGUCAAGGGGGCAGCGUUUAUAUAGAAACGAAGCCGAACGCGACCCUAAUGCAGCUCCUGAGCUUGUACCCUGAUCGGAAAGUCAAAGCUGGCCGCGGCGGAAACAGUGCUCCUCAUCAGCUUCUCGGAAAAGACGGAGCGGAUGUCACGAUCCAGGUUCCUCCUGGAGUCACUGUCUAUGGCCCUGGCAGAGAAGUUAUAGUUGAUCUCGUCAAGCCUGACCAGAAAGUCUUGCUCGCUAAAGGCGGCGAGGGCGGGACCAGCAAGAACAAGUAUUGUGGGCAUCGGGCCGCUCAAUUGCAGGUAGACUUGAUCCUGAAAGUGAUCGCGGACAUCGGUUUCGUCGGUUUCCCCAACGCGGGCAAGUCGACUCUUCUGAGGGCCUUGUCGAGAGCGUACCCGAAAGUUGCGAGCUAUCCAUUCACGACGCUGCAACCGAAUAUCGGAAUCAUGGAGUAUCCGGACGCGCGACAAAUUUCCUGCGCUGACUUGCCUGGAUUGAUCGAGGGCGCCCACAAGAAUGUCGGUCUCGGUCAUAGUUUCCUCCGACACAUCGACAGGACGCUGUUACUUCUUUUCAUGGUCGACAUUGGAGGAUUCCGCUUGAGUCCGGCCAGCCCCGAGCGCGAUGCUUUCGAAACCGUCAUGAGUUUGAACAAGGAACUGGAGCUCUACCGCGAGGAUUUCUUGACAAAGCCAGCUGUUCUCGUUGUGAACAAGAUGGACACUGAAGGAGCGGAUCAGAAACUCGAAUCACUGCGAGAAAGACUAGAUAGCGACGAAGCUUACGGAGAGCUACCCGAAGACAUUAAACCGCAGCAGCGGAUAAAAUUCAAAGACGUGAUCGCUAUCUCCGCGGCCAAGAAGAUGAACACGGAGAAACUUAAAGAAGAUCUGAGGAAGCACCUGGACGAGUUGUUCGAAGAGAGAUGGAAAGCCACACAUGGUGACCGAGUAUUGAUUCGACCACUGAAGUUGGUACGACAAUUGAUGUGA